AUGGUCGACGCGUGGGAGGUCGCGAGGCCUCAAAUCCUGGAGUUUACAACGCCACGCAAACGCGCCCGCGAUGCACCUUCCUCCCGACCUUCCUCGGGACAUUCGUUGAAACGUGCCCGCACUCAAUCACCGAGCAAGACGGAGCCCCAGCGAAUGUCGGCGGCGUCUGAAGAAAUAGAGGUCGUAGCGGACUUGAGUGAUGUCGAGGUGCAGGAGCUUUCUGAGAAUGACGAGGCGCCAUGUCCUAUAUGCGGAUUGAAGCUCGAGAUUGCCGCGAUUCCAGGCCACAUCGAGCGAGGGUGUCCGCCCCAAAAAGCCAAGGCGGCACCGGCAAAGACGACAUGGAAGAAACUCUUCUCCGGCACAGGUGGCGGGAAGGGCAAGACGGCUGAGAUGAAACGCAUCGUCAAGCCGAACUACUCUCUCAUCAGCAUAGGGGACCUGCGUGGGCUGCUUUCGGAACACGGUCUCCCGACGACUGGCGACCGGCUCUCCCUCGAGGCGCGCUUCCAAGAGUGGACAAUCCUCUAUAAUGCCAACCUUGACACGUCCCAUCCCGCGGCCCUUUCUGCACUGCGCGCCAAGGUCGCCAACGCGGAGGCAACGCGCCGACGCGACAGGGAGAAGGGGAGGGAUGAGGAGGUCGAUGCGCUCGCGAGCAAGGAGGGGCUUGCGAAGCAUGUGCGCCAGCAGCGGUCCGAGUUUGAGCGGCUGCGACAGGACGUGCUGAACCGCAAGGCGCGGAAAGAGCGCGGAGAGCCUGAUGGAGAUCGAGUCGACACGGCUAUUGAGGUGGAGUGA